AGGAGGAGGAGGAGGCGGGCGGGCGGCGGGUGGGGAUGGGUUGGGAGGAGGGGGCCGGAGGCCUGGGCACGGCUCUGUCUGCGCGGGGCCCCAGCUGGAGGGAGAAACUGUCGGCUCCGGAGGUCCCGUUCCGCCGCGAGUCGCCGCGGAGGGACACCGCAGUGGCCCCAACCCAGUCCUUCAGUGACAGCGGGGCGGGCAAGCCUCGCGAGGAGAAGAGGACGGCCCUAAGCAAGGUGGUCCUCCGGCGGCUGCCCCCCGGCCUCACCAAAGAGCAGCUGGAAGAGCAACUGCGCCCCCUGCCUGCGCACGAUUACUUCGAGGUGGUAGCUGCGGACCUCAGUCUCUAUCCUCAUCUCUACUCAAGAGCAUACAUUAAUUUUCGGAACCCCGAUGACAUCCUUUUGUUCAGAGACCGCUUUGAUGGAUAUAUCUUCAUUGGCAAUAAAGGCCUGGAGUACCCUGCAGUGGUGGAGUUUGCUCCAUUCCAGAAGAUUGCAAAAAAGAAGCCGAGGAAGAAAGAUGCCAAGACUGGAAGCAUUGAAGAUGACCCAGAAUAUAAACAGUUUCUGGAAACAUACAGUCUGGAGGAAGAAAAAACCAGUGCUAGUCCCGAGACACUUUUGGGAGAGAUAGAAGUGAAGACAAGAGAACUCCUUGCCAGAAGAACCACACCUCUUUUGGAAUAUAUUAAAAAUAGAAAACUAGAAAAACAGAGAAUUCGAGAAGAGAAGCGUGAAGAGCGGAGGAGGAGGGAGUUAGAGAAGAAGCGUUUGCGGGAAGAAGAAAAGAGGAAAAGGAGAGAGGAGGAGAGGUGUAAAAGGAAAGAGGCGGAUAGACAGAAGAGAACCGAGAAGGAAGUGAAGAUUAAGCUUCUUAAAAAGCUGGAAACAGAAGAAGCAACCACAGAGAAACCCAGAGAAAGAGGUGACUCAGUCAGUACUGGAGACGAAAAGCAGGAAGCCUGGCCAGUGGAAAGCCUGCCGGAGACGCCUGCUGAGAGGUUACAGGAUGGCAGUGAUAAAGAGCAAAGGGACAAAAGAUUUCGAGAGAAAGAACCUGAAACUCCAAGAUGUCACCCAGAUGGUUGCAGGAAGCACAGCAUUCACUCUGAGUUUGCCAGGUUUUCCAGAAGGAAUAAAGAUGAACCAAAGUGGGGGAAAGGCUUCACCCUGGGUACAGGGAAAAUGGGGAGCCAGGAUGGGAGUGUCCCUGUGGACGGCAGAGAGAACGAGCAAGGAGCAGAAGGGGUAUGACAGCCUGGGACUAAGAAAGGAGCACCUGGGAAACAAGGUUCUAUAGUCCAUUGGGCCCAUCUUCCCUGCCGGCGUGUGCCAAGAAUAUACAGCGUGCCUCUGCAGUCUUAGAGCUACUUUCCCCAAAUAGAAAGUAGACAAGAAAACUCUGCCUAGGUGUGUAGAGGUCCGGGGUUGCACUGUGUCUGUGUCAGCUCACACACCCAUGUGGGCUCACUUUGAAAGUCCGUAUCUUCUAGAGUAUUCUUGCUCACCUGGGGUACACUGAACUUGGAACUAAAUUCAUAAUAAAACAUACUAUCAUCUUUUUAAAGAA